CUAAUGAAUUUCCCAGAAGCUGGGAUCUGAACGUUGCCAUCGCCGCUCUCCUCCCGGGGCUGCCUGUUAGAGCUGCCGCUGGCUGCCCGGUUCCUCUCCAUCCUCCCCGAGGUCGCUUAUGGAAGGAGCGUGCAACAGCAUGGCCCUCGAGAAACUCGGGGAAGCCCUGGGAGGCAUCCCCCCCUUGCAAAGCUCCCUGCUGCUCCUCCUGUGCCUGCUCACCGCUAUCCACCUGGGCAAGUUCCUCCUGCAGCAGCACCGGAGGCAGGGCCAGCGCCAGGCGCCGCCGGGUCCCUUCCCCUGGCCCCUGAUUGGCAACGCGGCGCAGCUGGGCAGCGCCCCGCACCUCUCCUUCGCCCGCCUGGCCAGCACCUACGGCGCCGUGUUUCAGCUGCGCCUGGGGCGCUGGCCUGUGGUGGUGCUGAACGGGGAGAGCGCCAUCCGUCAGGCGCUCGUCCGCCAGGCGGCCGCGUUCGCGGGGCGGCCGCCGUUCCCGUCGUUCCGGCUGGUGUCGGGCGGGCACAGCCUGGCCUUUGGCGGCUACUCGGAGCUGUGGAAGCUGCACCGCCGGGCGGCGCACGCCACGGUGCGCGCUUUCUCCACCGGCAGCCCCGGCACCCGCCGCCUGCUGGAGCGCCACCUGCUGGGCGAGGCGCGGGCGCUGGUGGCGCUGCUGGUGCGCGGCAGCGCCGGCGGCGCCUUCUUCGACCCGUCGCGGGUCCUGGUGGUGGCUGUGGCCAACGUGAUGAGCGCGCUCUGCUUCGGCCGCCGCUACAGCCACGGGGACGGCGAGUUCCUGCGCCUCGUGGGGCGCAACGAGCAGUUCGGCCGGGCGGUGGGCGCCGGCAGCCUGGUGGACGCGCUGCCCUGGCUCCAAAGCUUUCCCAGCCCCGUGCGCGCCGCGUACCGCGCCUUCCGCGACCUCAACCGCGAGUUCUACGGCUUCGUGCGCGGCAAGUUCCUGCAGCACCAGCGCAGCCUGCGCCCUGGGGCCGCCCCCCGCGACAUGAUGGACGCCUUCAUCCGCCUGCAGCGGGAACAGCCGCUGCUGCAGCUCGAGCACGUGCCUGCCACCGUCACCGAUAUCUUCGGCGCCAGCCAGGACACCCUCUCCACCGCCCUGCAGUGGCUCAUCAUCUUCCUCAUCAGGUAUCCGAAUGUGCAGGCUAAAAUGCAAGAAGAAGUGGAUAGGAUUGUUGGAAGAGACCGUCUGCCAUGUGCUGAGGAUCAGCCUCGCUUGCCCUACAUCACAGCUUUCUUGUACGAAUCCAUGCGCUUCAGCAGCUUCGUGCCUGUCACCAUCCCACAUGCCACCACAACCAAUACCUUCAUAAUGGGCUACCUCAUUCCCAAGGACACAGUAAUUUUUAUUAAUCAGUGGUCAGUGAAUCACGAUCCAGCAAAAUGGUCCAACCCAGAGGAUUUUGAUCCAACAAGAUUCUUGGAUGAGAAUGGAUUCAUCAAUAAAGACCUUACUAGUAGCGUGAUGAUUUUCUCACUGGGAAAACGUCGAUGCAUUGGAGAGGAGUUAUCCAAGGUGCAGCUCUUUCUCUUUACCUCCAUAUUGGUGCAUCAGUGCAAUUUUAUUGCUAAUCCAAACGAGGACCCUAAAAUGGACUUUACCUAUGGGUUGACCAUUAAACCUAAGCCAUUUACCUUGAAUGUUACGCUUAGAGAUACUAUGGAUUUGCUUGAUCAGGCUGUCCAAAGACUGCAAGCAGAGAAAGCAGCCAGUGAAAAUCAGCUGUCAGCAAAUGCCUAAGCAACAAACCCUGCGUCUAAAGAUAAUCCUCUCUCUUUUUAGACUUAGUAAGUUACAGUUUGUUCUGGUGAGCUUUUUGGAAAACAGCGGAUAUUACAAGUUGCAAGAGCAAGAAGGAAAACUGCACAAGGUGUAACUCAGUCCUCUCUUAAAUUCUAAAAGGAAAGCCAUGAGAACAGUCUGAUAUAGUACAUAAUGAAACAUAUGCAAUUUGAAAGUAAGCCUUUAUUUUUUUCUAGCUUGUUCACAGAAGUUGCCAUUGUAAAGCGCUUUUUAUCUACUGACUGGUUGGAGCAUCUCCAGGAACUGUUUGUACAGUCCUUUCCCCGUCUCCAUGUACUGUGCCUUAACUCUAAGUUCACCUUUGAUGACUCCACAUCCCAAAGUGAAAUCUCUUAUUUUAAAUAAAGUAGCAAUAAUAACUAUAUAAAGGGUUGCUGAGAACACUGCAGCCUGCCUCUGAGUUCACUUGUUGUGACUGCUUGGAUGUACAUUAGUGCCUUGAUAAUACAUGUUCAAAUGAUUUUCAAUAAAAUGACAAUGUAGUCUUGCCUUCAGCAUUCCAAAGUGUUUACAUAAAUGGCUAAGAAAGAAGACUAAGAAAGAAGCACGUCUGAAAAUAAAAUUUGUAUUUUAAUAAUUUAGUAACUCAUCAUUAAGUUUUGAAAGAUCAAAUUUGAUGUCACCAAAUGGCAAGAGUGAUACAAACCAAUUGCUCUCUGUUCAUUAACCUAUCUGUUAACAAUGUAGAUAUUUGAAUUAAAAAGCCUUAUAAAGGUAUAGCUGAAGUUUAUAUUUAUCUAGUAAAGAGUUAAUAUCCCUGCUGCUGUGCACAUAGGUAAGUCAAGUCAAAUCCGCAUUGACCAAGGCUUUUAGAAAGGAGAAUUUGUGUUUUUUUGUAUUAAAACUCUGAUGCCACAAGCCUCAAGUAAAGUGUACAGCAAAUACACCCCUGCUCACUU